AUGGCGAUGGCCAGCUCCAGCUCCAGUUCCAGCUCCAGGCCACCAUCGACCAAGGCGAUGGAGAUGCAAAUGCCGGUCGAGCGACCAGCAUCGCGCCCCUACGAGCCAGCCAAGAUUUGGUGUAUUUGUGAUGGCUGCGGAAUAGUGUGCUUGUGCAUUGCGUACACACUUCUUUUUGUCUCCAACGUCACAGUGCUGAGACUAGGGCGUUGGCCCUUGGGGGAGUCUUUUCAGUUUGCUUUUACGAUAGGCUAUGAGGGGCUCUUUGUUCUCAGCAUAUGGUCACAUCUGGCAUGUAUGCUGACAGACCCUGGAGCAUGUCCACUGGAUGUCGAGUAUGCAGAUGGUGAUAGGCACUGCACAAAGUGCAGAGCGCCAAAGCCUGCGCGUGCCCACCACUGUAGCACUUGCCGGCGAUGCAUCAUGAAGAUGGAUCACCACUGUCCAUGGGUGAACAAUUGUGUUGGUGCCAAAAACCAGAAACACUUUCUUUUGUUUCUCUUCUACACGUCCCUCCAAUGCGUUGCAGCGGCUUUGAGCCUUGGAGCUUAUUUCGCCGACUCAGCGGUGUCCAUGCCACGACGGCCACGAAAACCGUCGGCCUUUCUGGCGAAGAAGGACCCUGCAGCUGCAGCAGAGUGGCUUGAAGAGUUGAAGAAGUAUUCAGAGACACAGGUGAGAAGUGAAUCUGAUUUGCUUUGCUGUGUGCUCAUUUUUUUCGUUGCAAUCAUUUUCGGACUCUUCACAUGCAUCAUGGCCUGCGACCAGGUAUCAAAUAUUACUAGCAACACCACAGGUAUUGAUGUCAUGAAAGGCAAGGACAAAGAAGCCGUGCAGCGACCCUGGCGGGAAUCUGUGCAGGUGCAAAUCCGUUCCGCGUGUCAUCAGAGCUUGGGCUUUAGGGUGGCUAUGGGUGGCUUGGAACAUCCUGAAUUGUCGGACCAUUGCCUUGCUGGCAAUUUGAAUCGGAUGGGUGGAAUGAAGCCACUAUUGGAACUUGCCCUCGGAACAGAGCGAGUGGAAGCCCUCCGUAGUCUGGCGCUUUGGGCCUUGGGUGUGGCCGUGCAGAACAAUGCUCCAGUACAGCAAGAGUUGCAUAGCCUUGGCGGCUUGAGCAGUUUGGCUGGUCGACUGCAAGACUGUAAUUGUUUGAGUCCAGAAGUCUGUGAAGCAGGGGCGCAAUAUUGUGGAAAGCUCCUCUUCUGCCUCUCGGGGUUUUUGAGGAACUCGCCACCUUUGCAGGCGGAGGCAGAUCAACUGGGAGUGACAACAUGGAUGAUGAAGGUGGGGCUUGCACACCCAGCGCCAGCCAUUGUGAAGAAGGCUCUGGGCUACUUGGAUACAGUUUUUGCUCAGAGUCCCGAGUUGCCGUUCCUGGACAGCUUGGUAGACGCGAAAAGCGAUGCCACGCUGACUUCUAUCUUGACUCUUGUUACAAGUGCUGACCUGGAUACCUGCGAAAAGGCUCUUGCACUCCUGGGCCGCCUGGCAGAACUUCGGCCCAAGCUCUUCAAUGGUUUCAGAGAGGCAAUCAUUGCAGCUGCACGAAAAGCCCAGCUUCACUGUGAGGAGCAAGGUGGCGACCAGGACAUUUGCUCAGGCCUCCUGCAUUCGGCGGCCGAGGUGGACCGAAAGCUUGCGGGAUCCGCUGGAUCCACCCUUGAACUCUGA